UAUAUAAAGUGUUUCUAUCUAAUUCAAUGGUGCACACUUAUUAGAAUAAUAUUCAUUAACGAUUAAUUAAUAUCAGAAUACACCUAUAACAAAUCAGUUGAACCAUGACCAAAUUAUCACUUAUAAGAAUAUAGUAGUACACGCACACAUAAUUGCUUGCAACUACGAUCUCACACACAGCUGCAAAAUAAAGAAAAUAGAGAGGACCCGUGGCGCACAGUGAAAACAGUUUUGGAAUUGACAGUUUCCUAAUCAUUUAUUUUAUUUUUUUUUAUUGUUAAUUAACAGAUACAUUAUCUAAUUAUGAUAUCAGUUUAAAGAAAAUAUUCGUUUUCCGUAAUCGUACGUAUAAGUUUAUACAAUUGAUGUCUGAUAAUAAUAAGAUAAAUAUUUCAUGGCACAACAUAUAUUUCGUUUAUUUGUUUGCGAUUAAACUUUGUUAUCAAUCAUAAAGUGACAAACAAGAUAUAUUAGAUAAACGUAUUAAAAGGAACAAACAGAUUGUACAAGUAUAAUAUAUAAAAAUGAAUAAGGAUUAAAGCAAAAUAGGAAAAUAGAAACAGUCACAGAAGCAUAAUAUAACUUGAAUAAACGCAUCCUUCAAAUGGAGCGUGUUUUGAAAGCAGUACCAGCAGAUUUAAGAGUAAAAAUGGAGGCACUUGUGCAUGAUUUAACUUUGGCAUUAGAAGAAAGUAAUAGUAGCGCAAAUGUUAGACGUAGAUGGGGUAUUAGAAGAAGAGCCCGUUCUACAGGCAAUAUUCCAUCAUUACGUAUGAAUAAACAAUCGGAUGAUAGUUCGUCUUCCGUUUGUGACAUUCAUAUCCCUAAAAGUACGACUGCCUCCAAAUAUCAGUCCGACAGUGAUGAUACAAAUCAAACAAAAAGAUUUGCACUUUUUUCUAAUUCAAACAAUGCUAGUAAUAUUGAAAGUGAUUCGGUUAAUGAAAAUUUUGUACCUAGAGUGAAUCCAAAACGUAAAAGAAAAUUUAAAAGAAUGGCUAUUGAUUCUGAUUCUAAUCCCUCUACUUCUCAAACUAUUGCAAUGUCAACAGCACUUGCAAAUAAGAAGAGAGUUCUUCGAAGUGACUGUAAAAAUAGAUAUGAAACAAUAUGGUGUGGGAAACGUAAAAGGUCUUAUAGGGAACGAUCCACAGAUUGUGGGAUGAGAUCACUAAAACCAAACAGGGAUACAAAAUCAAAAGAUCGCAUUAAAAUGCAGACAGAUGAUCCUAUUGAUUGUUCAAGAAUAUCCAGUUCAAGCAUUUCAUCAAGUGACUCAGAAGCUGGACUUAUCACAAAUGACGAAGAUAGAGAAGGAGAUGAUGAACAGUCAGAUUGGAUCGGAGAACCAAGUUGGUGGGAUGACAAUGAAAGUACUAACGAAGAUAAGGUGACAACAGAUUCACCACUUCAGAUGAUGUUGCAUGGAAAUUUUGAACAUGCAAUUGAAUCGAGAAAAAGUUAUAGAAAAAGAAUUCAAAGAAUUCGAGACUGGAGUGGAAGAGAAAUUCGCGCUGGUCGCCGUCGCGUUGAUAAUAAACCUGGAUACUCGAUUAUUACAUCAGCUAACGAGAAAGUAUCUAGAUUUUUACAAGAUCCCACUCAAAGUGAACUCAGAUUACAUCCAAUGAGGCAGCACGAGCGAGAAAAGCUCCGCCGCCUUGCAAACUUAUAUAGUUUAAGUUUAAAAGGAGAUUUAGGCUGUCCAAUUUUGUAUAAAACUCGAUAUACUACGCAAGCCAUUUGCGUAGAUCAAGUAUCAUUCAACCGAUUUUCCGGUUACAAAAGAUUACGGAGAACUCCGCCGAAUUCUCCCAACUCUGAAUUACUAAUACAUAAUCAAGAACAUCAAAUUUCCAGUGUAAAUUAUGGCUCACAAAUUAUUAGUCCUACAUCAAACUUGGACUCGAUACCGGUCAUACCACAAUUUUCCCGUUUUAAAUGGGACUCGAAUAGCAUGGAUAUCGAAAUUCAUGGGAAACCAAAAUUACACGAUUUUGAUCACUCGAAAUCGAGUUAAAUUAAAGCAUACAUUUUGUUACUUCGUUUCUUGAAAUAAAUUAUUUAUGUCUAUAUCGA